CGGAAGAUGGUCUCCGAGCUCUGCGGGGGGUCCCCGGGGAAUGUGGCGAGCCGGGGGCAUGUCUGCGGAGCUGGGCCUGGGGGCCGCCCUGCGGGCGGUGAACGAGCGCGUGCAGCAGGCGGUGGCGCGACGGCCGCGGGACCUCCCUGCCGUCCAGCCCCGGCUGGUAGCAGUCAGCAAAACCAAACCUGCAGACAUGGUGAUCGAGGCCUAUGGGCAUGGCCAGCGCACUUUCGGGGAGAACUAUGUUCAAGAACUGCUAGAAAAAGCAUCGAAUCCUAAAAUUCUGUCUUCAUGUCCUGACAUUAAAUGGCACUUCAUUGGACAUCUGCAGAAACAAAAUGUCAACAAAUUGAUGGCUGUCCCCAAUCUCUCCAUGCUGGAAACAGUGGAUUCCAUGAAGUUGGCUGACAAAGUGAACAGUUCAUGGCAGAAGAAAGGUUCUCCUGAAAGACUCAAAGUUAUGGUCCAGAUCAACACCAGUGGCGAGGAGAGUAAACACGGCCUUCUGCCCUCGGAGAUGGUCGCUGUGGUAGAACACAUCAACGCCAAGUGCCCCAGCCUGGAGUUUGUGGGACUGAUGACCAUCGGCAGUUUUGGGCAUGACCUCAGCCGAGGACCAAAUCCUGACUUCCAGGUGCUGCUGUCGCUCCGCCAGGAGCUGUGUCAUAAGAUGAGUAUCCCUGCCGACCAGGUCGAGCUGAGCAUGGGCAUGUCGGGGGACUUCCAACAUGCGAUUGAAGUUGGAUCUACGAAUGUUCGAAUCGGCAGCACCAUUUUUGGAGAGCGCGAUUACACCAAGAAAGCCCAGGACAAGUCUGCAGCGGACCUGCAGGCUCCGGUCGAGGUGGCGCAAGCCCACUGAGGCCCCGGCUGCCGCCCUGCCAGGAAGGCCAACUAUGCAUCACCCGGUGUCCGUUUCAAUGUCCCCCAUGCGCCAGCACAACCACGCUUCCUGGGCGCGGGGCUGGAGAUCAGACCGGUGAUGUGCGUUGGCAGAAACCCUCUGUUCACAGUGUCUGACAUCAGAAAUUCACACCAGGCAGUAAUAUUGGUUGGGAUCUGAGAAGCUCAGGCAUUUCAGCACAACAGAUACCAAGUCAGUAGCCAGUCAUUGAGUUCAGGAUUGAGUGCUGCCCAGGAGUACCGGCCAGCCAGCCGGCCGAGGAACUCCCUAAUGCCUGUCUACGAUCACCCAGAUCAGAGGAAUCACAUUGGCCAUCUACUUUAAUAAAAAUUUACUCAUGUUUACCAGCUGCAUACAAGCCCCUACCAGAUUAUCAUCUCUGCUGCCCUAGAGCAAGGUGUUUCUGUUAACACCACACACACAUACACACACACACAUACAUACACACACACA